CUGCGCCGCGCUGCGCUCCAGCCCGGACCGGGCCGGGGCCGCUGGAUGCCGCGUCUCCGCUUCUGCUGCCUGCCGGGCGGGCUCCGGCGGCCGCAGCGAGGCGGGGUACGAGGGCCCUGUGCUAAGCACCCGUGAUCCUCCGGGGGUGCCCCCCCACAAAGGCAGGACCCCACCAUGUUUAACCUAAUGAAGAAAGAUAAGGACAAAGAUGGUGGGCGGAAGGAGAAGAAGGAGAAGAAGGAGAAGAAGGAGCGAAUGUCGGCGGCGGAGCUGCGGAGCCUGGAGGAGAUGAGCCUGCGUCGCGGCUUCUUCAAUCUGAACCGCUCCUCCAAGCGUGAGUCCAAGACACGCCUGGAAAUCUCCAACCCCAUCCCCAUCAAGGUGGCCAGUGGCUCCGACCUGCACCUGACCGACAUCGACUCCGACAGCAACAGGGGCAGUGUCAUCCUGGACUCGGGCCACCUGAGCACCGCCAGCUCCAGCGAUGACCUCAAGGGCGAGGAAGGCAGCUUCCGCGGCUCUGUGCUGCAGCGGGCAGCCAAGUUCGGCUCCCUGGCCAAGCAGAACUCACAGAUGAUUGUCAAACGCUUCUCCUUCUCCCAGCGGAGCCGGGAUGAGAGCGCCUCAGAAACCUCCACCCCCUCCGAGCACUCUGCGGCGCCAUCCCCGCAGGUGGAGGUGAGGACUCUUGAGGGACAGCUGGUGCAGCAUCCUGGCUCAGGCCUCCCUCGGCCAGGGCCCCGCUCCCGAGUCCCUGAGCUGGUGACUAAAAGGUUCCCGGCUGACCUGCGCUUGCCCCCCGUGGUGCCCUUGCCGCCGCCCGCCCUCCGGGAGCUGGAGCUGCAGCGGAGGCCCACUGGAGACUUCGGCUUCUCCCUGCGCCGCACGACCAUGCUGGAUCGGGGCCCCGAGGGCCAGGUCUACCGGAGGGUGGUUCACUUCGCUGAGCCCGGCGCGGGCACCAAGGACGUGGCCCUGGGGUUGGUGCCAGGUGACCGUCUGGUGGAGAUUAACAGGCACAACGUGGAGAGCAAGUCCAGGGAUGAGAUCGUGGAGAUGAUCCGGCAGUCUGGGGACAGCGUGCGGCUCAAGGUGCAACCCAUUCCAGAGCUCAGCGAGCUGAGCCGGAGCUGGUUGCGGAGUGGCGACGGACCCCGCAGGGAGCCAGCCGAUGUGAAGACAGAAGAGCAGAUUGCAGUGGAAGAGACCUGGUAUGAGACAGAGAAGGUGUGGCUGGUCCAUAAGGAUGGCUUCUCGCUGGGCAGUCAGCUCAAAUCUGAGGAGCUCAGCUUGCCGGAAGGGAAGGUGCGCGUGAAGCUAGACCACGAUGGCGCCAUCUUGGACGUGGAGGAAGAUGAUGUGGAGAAGGCUAACGCUCCCUCCUGCGACCGUCUAGAAGAUCUGGCUUCGCUGGUGUACCUCAAUGAAUCCAGCGUCCUCCACACACUGCGCCAGCGCUAUGGCGCGAGCCUGCUGCACACGUACGCUGGCCCCAGCCUGCUCGUCCUCAGCCCCCGUGGGGCCCCCGCCGUGUACUCCGAGAAGGUGAUGCACAUGUUCAAGGGGUGUCGGCGGGAGGACAUGGCACCCCACAUCUACGCCGUGGCCCAGACCGCAUACAGGGCAAUGCUGAUGAGCCGCCAGGACCAGUCUGUCAUCCUCCUGGGCAGCAGCGGCAGCGGGAAGACCACCAGCUGCCAGCACCUGGUGCAGUACCUGGCCACCAUCGCGGGCACCAGCGGGAACAAGGUGUUUUCCGUGGAGAAGUGGCAGGCUCUGUACAGCCUUCUGGAAGCCUUUGGGAACAGCCCCACCAUCAUGAACGGCAACGCCACCCGCUUCUCCCAGAUCCUCUCCCUGGACUUCGACCAAGCUGGCCAGGUGGCCUCGGCCUCCAUCCAGACAAUGCUUCUGGAGAAGCUGCGUGUGGCUCGACGCCCAGCUGGUGAGGCCACGUUCAAUGUCUUCUACUACCUGCUGGCCUGUGGGGAUGGCACCCUCAGGACAGAGCUCCACUUGAACCACUUGGCAGAGAACAAUGUGUUUGGGAUUGUGCCACUGGCCAAGCCUGAGGAGAAGCAGAAGGCGGCUCAGCAGUUCAGUAAGCUGCAGACCGCCAUGAAGGUGUUGGGCAUCUCCGCAGAUGAACAGAAAGCCUGCUGGCUCAUCCUGGCUGCCAUCUACCACCUGGGGGCUGCAGGUGCCACCAAAGAAGCUGCUGAAGCUGGGCGCAAGCAGUUUGCCCGCCACGAGUGGGCCCAGAAGGCCGCAUACCUGUUGGGCUGCAGCCUGGAGGAGCUAUCCUCAGCCAUCUUCAAGCACCAACACAAGGGCGGCACGCUGCAGCGCUCCACCUCCUUCCGCCAGGGCCCCGAGGAGAGCGGCCUGGGAGACGGCACAGGCCCCAAACUGAGUGCACUGGAGUGCUUAGAAGGCAUGGCGUCCGGCCUCUACAGUGAGCUCUUCACCCUUCUUGUCUCCCUGGUGAACAGGGCUCUCAAGUCCAGCCAGCACUCACUCUGCUCUAUGAUGAUUGUGGACACUCCGGGCUUCCAGAACCCUGAGCAGGGUGGGUCGGCCCGCGGGGCCUCCUUUGAGGAGCUGUGCCACAACUACGCCCAGGACCGGCUGCAGAGACUCUUCCACCAACGCACCUUCGUGCAGGAGUUAGAAAGAUACAAGGAGGAGAACAUUGAGCUGGCAUUUGACGACUUGGAGCCAGCCGUGGAUGAUUCUGUGGCAGCUGUGGACCAAGCCUCCCAUCAGUCCCUGGUCCGCUCACUGGCACGCACCGACGAGGCGAGGGGCCUGCUCUGGCUAUUGGAAGAGGAGGCGCUGGUGCCCGGGGCCACAGAGGACGCCCUCCUGGAGCGCCUUUUCUCCUACUAUGGCCCCCGGGAAGGUGACAAGAAAGGCCAAAGCCCCCUCCUGCGCAGCAGCAAACCACAUCAUUUUCUCCUGGGCCACAGCCAUGGCACCAACUGGGUUGAGUACAAUGUGGCUGGCUGGCUGAGCUACACCAAACAGAACCCGGCCACCCAGAACGCCCCCCGGCUCCUGCAGGACUCCCAGAAGAAAAUCAUCAGCAGCCUGUUUCUGGGCCGGGCAGGCAGCGCCACGGUGCUAUCAGGCUCCAUCGCAGGCUUGGAGGGCGGCUCACAGCUGGCGCUGCGCCGGGCCACCAGCAUGCGGAAGACCUUCACGACAGGCAUGGCGGCUGUCAAGAAGAAGUCACUGUGCAUCCAGAUUAAGCUGCAGGUGGACGCCCUCAUUGACACUGUCAAGAAAUCAAAGCUGCACUUCGUGCACUGCUUCCUGCCUGUAGCAGAGGGCUGGGCCGGGGAGCCCCGUUCCGCGUCCUCCCGCCGAGUCAGCAGCAGCAGCGAGCUGGACCUGCCCUCCGGAGACCACUGUGAGGCUGGGCUCCUGCAGCUGGACGUGCCCCUGCUGCGCGCCCAGCUCCGGGGCUCCCGCCUGCUGGACGCCAUGCGCAUGUACCGCCAAGGUUACCCUGACCACAUGGUGUUUUCCGAGUUCCGCCGCCGCUUCGACGUCCUGGCCCCACACCUGACCAAGAAACAUGGGCGCAACUACAUCGUGGUGGAUGAGAGGCGGGCGGUGGAAGAGCUGCUGGAGUCCUUGGACCUGGAGAAGAGCAGCUGUUGCCUGGGCCUGAGCCGGGUGUUCUUCCGGGCCGGCACAUUGGCUCGGCUGGAGGAGCAGCGGGAUGAGCAAACCAGCAGGAACCUAACCCUGUUCCAGGCGGCCUGCAGGGGCUACCUGGCCCGCCAGCACUUCAAGAAGAAAAAGAUCCAGGACCUGGCCAUUCGCUGUGUGCAGAAGAACAUCAAGAAGAACAAAGGGGUGAAGGACUGGGCCUGGUGGAAACUCUUUACCACCGUGCGGCCCCUCAUCGAGGUACAGCUGUCCGAGGAGCAGAUCCGGAACAAAGACGAGGAGAUCCAGCAGCUGCGGAACAAGCUUGAGAAGGUGGAGAAGGAGCGGAACGAGCUUCGGCUCAACAAUGACCGGCUGGAGACCCGGAUCUCGGAGCUGACAUCGGAGCUGACUGACGAACGUAACACGGGAGAGUCCGCCUCCCAGCUGCUGGACGCGGAGGCCGCCGAGAGGCUCCGAGCCGAAAAGGAGAUGAAGGAGCUGCAGACCCAGUACGAUGCGCUGAAGAAGCAGAUGGAGAUGAUGGAGAUGGAGGUGAUGGAGGCCCGCCUCAUCCGGGCAGCUGAGAUCAACGGGGAGGUGGAUGAUGAUGACACAGGCGGCGAGUGGCGCCUGAAGUACGAGCGAGCCAUGCGCGAGGUGGACUUCACCAAGAAGCGCCUCCAGCAGGAGUUCGAGGACAAGCUGGAGGUGGAGCAGCAGAGCAAGAGGCAACUGGAGAGGCGGCUCGGGGACCUGCAGGCAGACAGUGAUGAGAGCCAGCGGGUUCUGCAGCAGCUGAAGAAGAAGUGCCAACGGCUGACGGGCGAGCUGCAGGACACCAAGCUGCACCUGGAGGGCCAGCAGGUCCGCAACCACGAGCUGGAGAAGAAGCAGAGGAGGUUCGACAGCGAGCUUUCCCAGGCGCAUGAGGAGGCCCAGCGGGAGAAGCUACAGCGGGAAAAGCUGCAGCGGGAGAAGGACACGCUCCUCGCCGAGGCUUUCAGCCUCAAGCAGCAACUGGAGGAAAAAGACAUGGACAUUGCUGGAUUCACCCAGAAGGUUGUCUCCCUGGAGGCUGAGCUCCAGGACAUUUCUUCCCAAGAGUCAAAGGAUGAGGCCUCUCUGGCCAAGGUCAAGAAACAGCUCCGGGACCUGGAGGCCAAAGUCAAGGAUCAGGAAGAGGAGCUGGAUGAGCAGGCGGGGACCAUCCAGAUGCUGGAGCAGGCCAAGCUACGUCUAGAGAUGGAGAUGGAGCGGAUGAGACAGACCCAUUCCAAAGAGGUGGAAAGUCGGGAUGAAGAGGUGGAGGAGGCCCGGCAGUCAUGUCAGAAGAAGUUGAAACAAAUGGAAGUGCAGCUUGAGGAGGAGUACGAAGAUAAGCAGAAGGUGCUGCGAGAGAAGCGGGAACUGGAGGGCAAGCUCGCCACGCUGAGUGACCAGGUGAGCCAGCGGGACCUGGAGUCCGAGAAGCGGCUCCGGAAGGACCUGAAGCGCACCAAGGCCCUGCUGGCCGACGCUCAGAUCAUGCUGGACCACCUGAAGAACAAUGCACCCAGCAAGAGGGAGAUCGCCCAGCUAAAGAACCAGCUGGAGGAGUCCGAGUUCACCUGUGCCGCAGCCGUGAAAGCUCGGAAGGCAAUGGAGGUGGAGAUUGAAGACUUGCACCUGCAGAUUGAAGACAUCGCCAAAGCCAAGACAGCGCUGGAGGAGCAGCUGAGCCGCCUUCAGCGUGAGAAGAACGAGAUCCAGAGCCGCCUGGAAGAGGAUCAGGAGGACAUGAACGAGCUGAUGAAAAAGCACAAGGCGGCCGUGGCUCAGGCCUCGCGAGACUUAGCGCAGAUGAACGAUCUCCAGGCUCAGCUAGAAGAAGCCAACAAGGAGAAGCAAGAGCUGCAGGAGAAGCUCCAAGCCCUCCAGAGCCAAGUGGAGUUCCUGGAACAGUCCAUGGUGGACAAGUCCCUGGUGAGCAGGCAGGAAGCGAAGAUCCGAGAGCUGGAGACCCGCCUGGAGUUCGAAAGGACCCAAGUGAAGAGGCUGGAGAGCCUGGCCAGCCGGCUCAAGGAGAACAUGGAGAAGCUGACCGAGGAGCGGGAUCAGCGCACCGCAGCUGAGAACCGGGAGAAGGAACAGAACAAGAGAUUGCAGCGGCAGCUCCGGGACACCAAGGAGGAGAUGGGCGAGCUCGCCAGGAAGGAGGCCGAGGCGAGCCGCAAGAAGCAUGAACUGGAGAUGGAUCUGGAGAGCCUAGAGGCUGCUAACCAGAGCCUGCAGGCUGAUCUCAAACUGGCAUUCAAGCGCAUUGGGGACCUGCAGGCUGCCAUCGAGGACGAGAUGGAGAGCGACGAGAAUGAGGACCUCAUCACCAGUUUGCAGGACAUGGUGACAAAGUAUCAGAAAAGAAAGAAUAAACCCGAGGGGGAUUCCGAUGUGGACUCCGAGCUGGAGGACCGGGUCGACGGGGUCAAGUCAUGGUUGUCGAAAAACAAGGGGCCUUCCAAGGCAGCUUCCGAUGAUGGCAGCUUGAAGAGUUCCAGCCCUACCAGCUACUGGAAGUCCCUUGCCCCUGACCGGUCAGAUGAUGAGCACGACCCUUUGGACAGCACCUCCAGGCCGCAAUACUCCCAUAACUAUCUGAGUGACAGCGACACAGAGGCCAAACCGACCGAGACCAACGCAUAGCCCAGAGGAGUGGUCUGUACCUCUUGCACCCACCGGCCACUGCGGCCACGGCGCCUCUCCCAGGAAAUGGCGGGGCACAGGUCUCCCCCACCUGACUGCUGAUCUGCAUGGGAAACACCCGGCCCCCUUGGGUCUGGGGGGCUUUCCAAGCUGUGGGUGUCUGACGUCUCCACGUGGAAGAGGUGGGGGGAGGGAGUUUCUGAAAAGAGAACUUUUUGCUCCUUCUGCCUCCAAAAUGCCACACUCAGUGGGCAGUGGCAGGUGGCUUGGCACUGCAUGGAGCCAGCAAGCUGACCUCCAUCUCAGCCCCCUGCUCAGGGACGGUGGGCAGAUUGCCUGCUGGGACACUCUAGGUUGCUGGGUCCGUGGGGAGGAGUCGGGGGCAGGAACAGCCCUUCCUCCCCACCCUGGCUUGGGGCGAGGGCUUUCUCUUCUCAGUGCCUGCUGUCUUUUUACUUUUAAUUUAAAUACCCAACCUCUCCAUCACAGCUGCAUCCCUAAGAGUGGGAGGGGGCUGUGGCGGCAGCUGGGGUUUGCGGGAAUGACUAGGGGAAUCUCAUCUCCAACUUCACUCGAGAGGAGUCCUUUCUCUGCGCAGCUGGAGAGACCGGUGAGCGGAGCUGGGGCCAGAUUCUUCAGUCAGCCUGGGGAGGGGCUCUCAGGUGCUUCUGGGUAUGGGUCGAGCCAGCCUACACAGACAGGGGUGCGUAUGUACCACCCGGCACUUUGGCCCCCACCCCUCUCUGUCUCAUCAGUGUGUUAAGUGCAAUGACCUAUUUAAGACUAAACCCAUUCCACCUACACCAGUUCGGGGCCUAUCCAAGCACUGCCUCCCUGCUGCUCUGUCCAGGUUGCCUGGACUAUAGGCCCAACUGGAGAGGGAAGGCCGCGGGUUGAGGGCUUGUGAUCAGAAAAACUGAAGGUGGGGGUUUGGGUCAGUACUGAUGCAUAUUAGACACAAGCCCUCACCCGUGUCCUGAGCCGGAGUCAUUUUUCUUCUUCCAGUUGCCCUGCCCCCACACACUUACCCUAGACAUGACAACGUGUGGCCCGACAGUCCCAGCCCCCACCCUAAAGCUCAUCCCACCAACGCCACCAGACUUGGGGGCCCGAGGGCAGUGCCUGGUGCCAUUCCCAUCCGCUGUCCCCCCCAUGCCCCCCACAAUUGGUUUGUAUUCAUUGGGCUGUGCUCUCUCUUCCCUGUUUACCUGAUGUAUGGAAAUAAAUGUCCUUUUCCUCCUG